AUGGGCCCGAACGCGGCCCACCUGCUCACCGCUUUGUUGCUGCUGGGUUCCGGGCGGGCCUCAGAGCCGCCGCGGACGUCGCCGCCCAUCGAGUGGGACCGCCCGUUCCUGUUGACGUGGAACGCGCCCACCGAGUUGUGCGAGAGUCGCUUCGGCCUCCCGCUGGACCUGUCGCACUUCCACCUGGUGAGCAGCACGCUGAGGUCGGCCACCAACCAGAGCGUCUCCAUCUUCUACACGGACCGCUUCGGGAUCGUCCCCUACGUGGACCAAGACACGGGCGAGUUUGUGGACAAGGGCCUGCAGCUGGUGGACCUCCGGGAUCACCGCGAGCUGGCCGAGGACGACAUCGAGUUCUACAUCCCCGCCGACGGGCCGGGCCUGGCCGUGCUGGACCUGGAGGAGUGGCGCCCGCAGUGGGUCCGCAACUGGGGCAGCAAAGACAUCUACCGGCAGCUCUCGGUCCAGAGGGUGAAGGAAAACAACGGCACCUUGUCGGAGCAGCAGGCGGAGGCGCAAGCCAAGGCGGUGUUUGAGGACGCCGCCAAGCGCUACUUCCUGCGCUCGCUGCUGCUCGGGAAGCAGUUGAGACCCAAACGCCUGUGGGGCUACUACCUCUACCCCGACUGCUACAACUACAACUACAAGCAGGACGUGGCGACUUUCACCGGCGAGUGUCCCGACAUCGAGAUGCAGCGCAACGACGAGCUCUUGUGGUUGUGGCGCGAGUCCACCGCCCUCUACCCCUCCAUCUACCUGGAGGCGGCGCUGCGGGACUCGGCGCAAGCGCGCAGCUUUGUGCGCCACCGCCUGCUGGAAGCCGCCAGGGUGGCGGCGCUGAACAACGCCUCCUACGCCAUCCCCGUCUACGCCUACGUCCGCCCCGUUUACAAGCACAGCACGGAUCAGUACAUGUCGGAGAGGGAUCUGGUCAGCACCAUCGGCGAAGCGGCCGCUCUGGGUGCCGCCGGCGUCGUUUCCUGGGGAGACAUGGACGUGGUCGAAAGCGAGGACUCGUGUUUCGACGCCCGGCGCCACCUGGACGACGUGAUGAACCCGUACAUCCUCAACGUCACCACGGCGACCAGGAUGUGCAGCGCGGCACUGUGCCAGGGCCGCGGCCGCUGCGUUCGCAAGCGCUGGGACGACGACGUCUACCUGCACCUGGACCCGCGGCGCUUCGGCAUCGCGCGGCGCAGGCGCGCCGGCCCGCUGGUGGUGAGCGGCAGCCUGUCCCAGGAGGACGUGGAGCAAUUUGAGCGCCAUUUUGACUGCAUGUGCUACGAUGAGCAGCCGUGCCGCUCGGCCACCACCCUCAACGUCCUCCAUGACGACGCCCACAACUGAGAGCAUGCUGCCACCUACAUUUGACUGUAUUUAAUUCCAAGUGUACUUGCUGUUAAAACUUGAAUUACAACUGAUACUCCCAAAAUGUCGACUUUUCCAAAUUCA